UGUGCUUGGAUCCGGUCUUUUCUCCACUAACAAUUUUAGCCCAGCCCCCGGAGUGGCCUCGUGGGUCCUCGCUAUUGGUCCUCUCGUCGCUCGUCUCGAAGCGGCCAGUUUCUCAUUGGCUGCACAUUCUCCCGCGCCGCCACAGCCAUCACAACAACCGCCACGUGCUUAGCCAUGGACCUGCUCAUUGGCCCUAGGUCUCGACCCGCCCACGUCACCGCCCCGCCCCUGCUUCCCGCUUCUUCCUCCUAUUGGUUACCUGACCCAAGACCCCGCCCCUGAGCCUGCGCGCACUACGUCUCCAUCGCGGAUUGGCGGGAAGGCGGGGUUUGGAAUCGGGUUAAAGAGCGUGCAGGCGUUCUGGCCACGCGUGCCUGAGACGGUUCAAUGGCGUGGGAGGGGCUGGCAGCCGAGUUCCUGCAGGUGCCGACGGUAACGCGGGCAUACACCGCAGCCUGCAUCCUCACCACCGCCGCCGUGCAGCUGGAGCUCCUCAGCCCCUUCCAGCUCUACUUCAACCCGCACCUCGUGUUCCGGAAGUUUCAGGUCUGGAGGCUCGUCACCAACUUCCUCUUCUUCGGGCCCCUGGGAUUCAGCUUCUUCUUCAACAUGCUAUUUGUGUUCCGCUACUGCCGCAUGCUGGAAGAGGGCUCCUUCCGCGGCCGAACGGCCGACUUCGUCUUCAUGUUUCUUUUCGGGGGCAUCCUCAUGACCCUGCUGGGGUUCCUGGGCAGCCUGUUUUUCCUGGGCCAGGCCCUUGUAGCCAUGCUGGUGUAUGUAUGGAGCCGCCGCAGCCCUCAAGUGAGAGUCAACUUCUUCGGCCUCCUCACCUUCCAGGCACCAUUCCUGCCCUGGGCACUCAUGGGCUUCUCACUGCUGCUGGGCAACUCCAUCCUCGUGGACCUGCUGGGGAUUGCUGUGGGCCACAUCUACUACUUCCUGGAGGAUGUCUUUCCCAACCAGCCUGGAGGCAAGAGACUGCUGCUGACUCCCAGCUUCCUGUGAGUGCUAAAGAUGACAACCCUGCCCCUACUUCCUUCAUGUGGCUCCCAACCCCCUGGGGGACCUGUGCUGGCCUCAGCUCAGCAUGGGCCCCUCUCCACAGGAAGCUGCUACUGGAUGCCCCAGAAGAGGAUCCGAAUUACCUGCCCCUCCCUGAGGAGCAGCCAGGACCCCUGCAGCAGUGACCCUACCUAGGGCCAGGCGCCUGUUUCCCUGGCCUCUGGCAAGCCUCCAUCCCACCCCUAACCCCUACUUGCAGCAGAGAAACCUGCCUUAGAGGCUAGGCCUGUGCCCAAGGCCUACCCAAAUAAACAGAAUGACCUGUAGCCUCUUCGUCCACAGCACUGGCUUCCCCUGCCUCACCUGGCCAUACCCUUCCAUGCUGGGCAGGUGCUGCUGGCCUUGACCUAGGGCUACCAAGCCUGGGCCACCCUGUGUCCACCUUCUGCCCUAGAAGUGGGGCUGGCCCAGGGUACAGCUCUAUUCCCAUCAAGCCUGGACUGCCCUCUCAUACCAGUCGUAGGUGGUUGGAUGGAAAGCCUAGAGAGGGUCAAGAACCUGCCCACAGUUUCCUAGCAGAGCUGUGAGCUCACAGAUGACAGGCGCAGGGGUUCUCAUCCCAGUCCCUUCACUGCCUCAAUGGAGCCUUGGGCAAAUUCCACUCAUGCUGGGCCUCUGUUCCCUGCCAGUCAGUGAGGGGGUUGGCCAGAUCUUGAUGUCAGGGACAGGUGCCAGGCUGUCCCUAGUUGUACCAAGACUGGUCUGCAGGGACUCCUGUCUGCAGUGCCCUCAGGCUGAUGCCUCACUCAGCCCCUCCCAUCCUUCACCAGCAACCAACCAGUGGAACUUUGCCCCAUUUUCCAGCUGAGCAACUAACAGAAGUGGCCAAGGACCUAUGGAGUCACGUGCAAAGGAGAGCCAGGACUGGGUCCUCUGCCAUUUCUGUGGCCCCAAAGCCUUGAGAAGUUUUCACCUUGGUAGAGUCCUGCACUGGCUGAGGCUGAGACCUCUGGAAGUACUGUCCCUGCCUUUUUUAGCUGAGGACUGUAGGAGCCUUAUCCGACCCCACAGCUAACUUGUCUCUUCUGUAAAAUGGGCAUCAGACAACCUGUCCAGCUUUCCUUGUUGAGUCUGCAUUUUGGUUUAUUCCUGGAUGAUCAACAGCACAGGGACUGUCACUUUCAUGGAUAAAAAUAUUUGCCAUAGAAUUGACCUUAAUUUUAUAGCAAAAUCUUGUGGAGCAACAUCUGGCCCUGUAGCAAUGUGGGCUAGCAAUGAGAGCCGUCCUCAUUCCACCCCACCAGCUAUGGAGGGUUCAUUCCACCCUACCAGCUAUGGAGGCACAGGGCUGUCUCCUGUCCCAUAGACCAAGCAAACACCUUGUUAAUGGAGCCUACUUGUUUCCAAGGCCAGCUGGGCCUGGGCCUAGAAUCUUCGUUGUCAGGGGCUUCCAGUGAAGCCCAGCUGGACCUUUGUCCCAGCAAAUUCCACUCCUAGAUGAAAGGCAGGAGCCUGAGUACAAAACCCCAGGCAGUUGUCAUGUCCUAAGACAUGCUCACAGGACCCCCCUAGCCAAGAUGGCAAGGCCUAUCUCACCCUACAGCCUGGCAACCGAGAACCCUAAUCCCUACCUGGGCUAGGAGCCAGAUGCUAUGGGACCCCAGCCACACUACCGGGGAGCAAAGCAGUCCUGACCCUCAGCCCUGCCCUGGUCAGGGAAGGACCUGCCAGCAAUUGAAGAUGGUACUAGCUGAGUGCUGAGGGUCUGGGCCCAUCUUCAGUAAGUGCAGCUGCAUGCCCAGUUCACCAAGCAGUGUUCGGCUUAGCAAGACCUACAUACGCACUCAGGGAUCCCGCAUCCCUUCUGUAGAGUGGGGACACUUCCACACUAACAGAUGAGGUGAAGAUACAGAGACAGCUGAGAAGAGGCCCGGUGCUGUGCCUCCUUCUCUACAUACAACUCCACCCCACAAGCCAGCACCAAGCCAAGCAUGCUACUCCAUAUACGUUCUUCCUCACAACCACCCUUAAGGGAGGAACUGGCCAGGGUUGUGGCACUAGAAGGGGUGGAGAUGGGACCCAGUCCACCUGUUACGUGUGUGCUACUGAGAGGUGUGGCUAGAGUGCUGCACACCUGCUGGAGCUGGAAUGGCCAGGCACAGGCACCCGUGCUGGCGACACCCCUGCAGUGUCUGCAUAGGAUGGGCCUUUGCAAGGGUCUCCAGAGAAGGAAUGCUCCCAGCAGGGAUAGCUUGAUCACCUGGAUGCAACAGAGCCCAAGGACAGUGGGAGAGCCAGCGGCUGCUUCACAAGGUCAAGCAAAGUGGAUGUGGUAGGGCUGCCACUGAAAGACAAGUGGGCCCCUGUCCUCUGAACCUCAUGACCACAUUUGUCAUUUCUCCCACUCUUCAAGGACAUCCAUGUACAUGUGAUGGUGGGGAAACUGGAGGGCCCAAGGAAAAGCAAAGAUUACACUCUGCCUCAAGCCUUGCAGGUGGCUGAGGGUGGAGCCCUG